GGCCGUACAAGCUGCUGUGAUUUCUAGCUAUCGCCUGUAGCUGUGAGAGUUUGAACUCUGGAGUCACAAAGCAUUAAUAGGAGCUAAGAGACUGCCUAUGCUGGGAAAUCAACGAAGUAGCAAGAUGUUUUGUGAAAAAACAAACGUGAUGUAGUCAUUAUUGUGAUGUAGACCACUUAAUAUUGAGAUAUAAAUGAAGAAAACAUCCGAGUUUCGUCAUAUUUUAUGAAAUAACUAUUAUUGGAUAUAUUGUUGUCAAAAAGUGCUGAACUUUUGGAAGAACUAAAACAUGGUGUAAGUGACGCCGGGUUGUUUAUCUAUCCUACUUGUCAUUUGUAAUGGGUUAUAACCAAAAUUGACUAUGAACACAGAUGACAGACUGUUCGCUGAUUGGAGUAGUGAUUCGCGAUCACGUAGUUCGCACAGUAUGAAUCCUCAUACAAAUUUCAACCAGUCCAGCAUGUAUCAGUGGAACAUGACCUCUCCACAUAGCCAGACGAAUAUGCCAGGAACGAAUCCAAUGUCAUCGCGUAUGCUGAAUUCUGGAUUGCACCAAGGUUUAGGCCUGCCAUACAAUACUAUCAUGCCAUAUUCUAACACCUAUAAUACCAGUAAUACAGCAAUGCAUCCGUCGAUGAACCUCCCGAGUGGUACUGCCCAGAACCAGUUCGGUAUGGGAGAGAGUAUGUCCAGGAGUCGAGAUGUCAUGCAGGGAUUUUCUUCCAUGAGUUCAACUCAUUCUCCGUAUCUCACUCAGAAUGAUUCGACGGGUAUGCAGGAUUUUACUGCAUAUCGAUAUAACAGUGCGUCCGAUCCUCUUAAUACAAAUAGACUAAUGCAUUCAGAUUUUAUCUCUUCGGAGAGACGCAAUCUUAGCCGUGCCAGUAGCAACACGUCUGCGCUUGAUGCAUCAGCCCAGAUGAGUUUUCCAUUGGACCAGACUCAGAUGUCAAGUGGUAGCCGGAGUCACCUUUCAUCCGCCGACUCUAGCUUCAUGACCAGGAGUAACCAGCCAUUUGAACUCCAGAGGGCUGACACAAUGGGCUUUGCAAGAUCUGAUUAUAGCUCUCACAUGAGUUCCUCAGCAAGAAGUUUUGGUGGCCUGGCACAUACCAGUAGUAGACAAGCUGAGAUACCUAUGAGCUAUGCCUCUGCCGUCACGCGAGCAUCAGCUAGUGUAAAUGCCACUGCAAUGGAAAAAUCCAUAGCAGCAAACCAGUCAUUCUGGAGUUCCCAGCCCCAACCUACCAACACUUCAUCAUUAAGUUCUUCUGAAGCCUUGACCUCUCAGCGCGAGAAAACCCCAUACUUCCCUGUAACACAGAGCUUGCCUGGUUCAGCCCCUGUGCCACGUGGUUCAUACAAUGCUAAUACUGCAAGCUAUCCAACAAGCCGGCCCUCUGCUCAAGGUAGCAACAGCAAUGUUGCCUCGCCUCAAAGUACUUAUGCGCAAUCAAUGGCAGCUACCACUGUAACCACUGCAUCAACAUACACAACAAGCACACCAUCAAGGUCACAAUCCACCGCCUAUUCGCACAUGUCUCCUGCCACUACUUCGGCCCCUUCCACACCUCUGGCUACUGUGCCACCAACAACAACUGCUGCCAGUUCUGUAUUGACGUCCACAAAUAAAGUUCAAUCAGAGCAAGACUCCACAUCAAUGCCAGGAAGUAACCAAUCCUAUGGAAUGGCGCCAUGCACUCCUGCACCAACGACGCCUUCCUUCACACAGGGCUAUUCACCGCCAUUCACAACGACAACAGUCGCAACUACCACAAUGUCACCGUAUCCCGCACCACAAUCCAAUGACUCUGUGACGUCUGGUAACUACCGUGCUCCUGGGAGUGCGCAGAGCAAUACAUCCAAUCACUCUGCAGCUGUCCAGCAGAAGGCUCAGAUCAAUAGCAGUCCUCUUCAAGACACGCAAGUUUCAGAUGGUCUUAAGGCCGAGAUAACAAUGCAAACAGACAUUCUAAAAACACAAACUACACCAGAGAAAAUGAGUCCUGAUGAUGGAGGCAGUGGGCAACCAGUUUUGACAGAGAUUGUCCAAACUAUUGAGAGUGCCAUCGGGAGGUUACCUCAUGCCAGCCCUAGGCAAACAGGCGACAUUGAUCAAGCCUUAAGACAACUCAAACAUCUCAUCAAUAUAGGUAAUAUCACAGAGGAAUCCUUGACACAGACACUUUCAAUGUCUCAGGGACAGCGAAGUUCUGAUAAAAUGGAGGCCCAGAGUAGCAGUGAAAACAGUGAAGAUGAACAGAAAGAAGAGAUGCUCUUCAAAGAGGGAGUCAGAAGACCGCUUGACCUUCCACGAGAACUGACAUUAAAAAUUGAUGAGCAGUUGCAGAUCAGUGUUUGGACAAAACAAGACAUAACGAAUGAUACAGAGUUUGGACCUUACCAGGGCAAACUGACUAUGAAAUUUAUGCCAGCAGAGUCUCGUGAUAAGUGGCUGGUGACGGGUCCAAAUUAUGAUUCUGUUGCCAUGUUUCAACCACUGGAUGAUUUAGAAGCUGAAUUGCCGCCUAAUUGGUUGAGGUACAUCAGUCCGGCGUCCAGUGAUCAGGACCAGAACUGUGUAUUGACGAGAACAGAGGAAGAUACAAGGUAUAUGAUUAAAAUAGUAGGUGAUAUAGCUCCCAAUCAAGAACUGUUUGCUGUCCAUAAUGAGGAAUUUUUAGAAGAGGAAGAUGAGAUACAAACGCAGACGUUUCUAGAUAUUCCAGAACCCAUCACUAGAGAAGACAGACGACAAAGCGACAGUAGUAUGCCAGAGUUAGAAGCCCAGGAAGACCGGGAAAUUCCUGAUAUGAUCCCAGAAGAUUAUGACAAUGAAGAUGAGUUCUGUAGGAAAAGGGAAUUGUCAGAUGUUGAGGAGCUUGAGGAGGAAUCUCCACGAAAGAGCAAACGUCGUAAGUUGCUGGCCGCUGAACCGGAUAUCCCAGCAGAUAUUGGGAUGAUUGAUCCGGAUGAUUUGAUAACAGAUGUACCAGUGGAAGAAGUACCUAAAGCUCCAAAACGGAGAUCCAGAAAGAAGAAGAAAGAAGUUGAGAAAGAAAGAGAAGAAAGUGUAAGCGCCAACGAAAGUGGAACACCAAGUCCAGCAAAAACAGACAGGAAACGACGGUCUCGGAGAGAUAAAUCAAAAGAAGAUAAGGAAAUAAAGGAAGAUUCAGACCAUGAUGAAUCACCUUUACCAUCGCCCUCUCACAAAGGGAAGAAGAAAGAUCGGAGAAGACAGCAGAAAUCUGAAAGUCCAGAUAAAAGGGACGGCGGGAGACGUAAGCGCCGAGAUGCCUCUUUAGAGAGCAGUCACGCCUCAGAUAAAGAGUCUGAUAUGGAAGCUAGCGAUGAUGAAAGAGGCUCUGCUGAUAAGAAAGACGAUAUUGAUAGGAGAACAAAAAGGAAAUGGACACAUCGAGAAUUCAAAUGUGAAGUUUGUGGUGAAACCAUUCGAUAUGUUACCAAAUUUGAUCGUCAUAUGAUGGAUAAACAUGCCAUUAUGGAACCGUGGAAGUGUGAGCGUUGUCCAACAGAAAGAAGAUUCCGCUUAUAUGCUACUUUAGAGAAGCACAUGAUAACAACACACCCGGGAGAGAAGCUGAGUUUUGAGUCAGGGGAAGCUUCUGUCAGUUCAAUUGAAAAGACACCUGAAAUACCUGAAAAACCUAAGAGGACUAGAAAAUCUCGAAAAUCAAAAAGUCUCGAUUCUGGAGAAAAAGAAGAUGCUAUUCCUCUAAAGGAAGAGGAUGUGAUAGAGGAAAUCAAUGAUAUUAUUGAUGAUGAUGACGAUAUGGGAAAAAUACCAUGUCCACCUGCCCUGCCAGAGCUCUUACCACCGUUACCAUCACAUGAUGAUUUAGUUCACACUAAAUUUGAACUGGAAGUUGCAGAGCUACACAAAGUAGUCAAAAAAAUGAAGACUAAGAAAGAAUCUCAUGAAAGUGGUAGUGAAAAGAAAAAAUCAACCGGAAAAGGGGAUGAGCCAAAAAAAACAAAGAGAAAGUCCAAGAAAAAUAAAUCUAAGGUCAGCAUGGAAAGUCCUGAAGGUGGAACAGAAUUGGAUUUGGAGAAAAAACCUGAAAUUAUAUUGCCCAAUGAAAUAGGUGGAGGUGAUAGCAUUGUGAAAAGAACUGAUUUAAAAGUUUCUGAAGCAGCAGAAGAGUUGACAGGCAGUAAAGUGUACAGGUUUUCAGAUGAUGAAACAUCGCCAUUGCCUACACUUCGAUGCAGUGAAAAAGAAGAUGUGAUUGAUGCAUCACAGACAAGUAAUGAGAACAAUUCUGAAAUUAGAAAGUUUGAAAAUAACGAGAAACCAUUAGUUGCUGAUGAUGAUAGUGAUGUAGAAAAGACAGAGAAAAAUAAUUCCGACAGUUCUAUAAAAAAGAAAAGAAAACAUAGAAAGUUGACUUUCUCUUGUGAUGAGUGCAACGAGACUUUUAAAUGGACCACGAAGUACAUGAAGCACAUGAGUGAAAUGCAUGGUGUCACGAAACCGUUCAAAUGUGAAAAAUGUGAAGAUGUUUCGUUUGGAACAUACCAAAAUUACGAGAGACAUUGCCUGAGUAAGCAUGACCCAAAUAAUAGUAGUACUAGUAGUAACCGUAGUAACCGUAGGUCAUGGACAAAAAAUCAAUUUAAGUGUGAUGUGUGUGGGGAAGAAGUUGUCCAUGCGACAAAGUUCGAUAAGCAUAUGUUUGAGAAGCAUGGAAUUAUGAAACCCUGGAAAUGUAGUCAAUGCGACCAAUCUUUUCGCCUUCUCAGCUCAUUACGAAAUCAUACUAGUUAUGUCCAUGAGCAGGUAGCGAGACCAAAAACAGGUAAAAAUCGUGACGCUAAGUCAAUAAUGAAGACUGAUUCAAAUGCUGACAUGGCACAGGCUUUUGAUAUUGGCAUCCUGGAAGCGGAGGGAAAUGCGUCAACACCAAAGAAGGAUGUUUUGCAAGAAAGUGUGCCUGUGACCGUAGAAGAUGAAACUACAAACAAUGAUGUGCAUUCGGGCGGAGAAUCAAAAGAAUCAAAUGAGAUUGAAACUACCUCAGAGAAAAAGAAAAAACGGAAAGAUGGCUAUAAAAAACCUGGUACUAAGAAGUACACGAUAAGACAGUUCACCUGUCAUCUCUGCCAGGAAAGUGUGAGUAAUGUUUCUGGAUUUGAAAAACACAUGUUGGAACAGCACCAGGUGGACAACUGCUGGCAAUGCAAGUUAUGCAUUACAGCGCCGUUCAGACUUUUUAAUGGUCUUCAGCAGCAUAUGAGAAUCAUGCACUCUGAUGUGGACCAAGAAGCCAAGCCUGCACUCUGCGAACUUUGUGGACACUCUUUUAAAACUGAUGAGAAUCUGCGGCGUCACAUGAGGAUACACCUUGAAACGCUCCCAUUCCCGUGCAUGCUGUGUGGCCAGGCAUUCAAUGGGGGCGUGUUAUUGCAGCGACAUAUGGACAAGGAACAUGUCAGUCACCCGGACAUUCACAAAUGUGAUGUGUGCUUGAAAGUUCACACAACGCAAGAACAACUUGACGACCAUAAAGCGAACCAUGAUUGCACCAGUGAAAUUAACAUACCAUUUGGAGAAAUCAAAACAGACGAUGGUAUUAUCUACUUCAGAGAAGGGAGGGAGAGGGUGCAGUGUAAAACAUGUGACAAAUGGUUACUGAAACAGGACUUUGAAGAGCAUGAGAAUAUACAUACGGGGAGCAAACCACAUGAAUGCAACGAAUGUGGCAAAGGGUUUGCUCAAAAAGCUGGACUUGGUGUACACAUGAAAAAGUCACAUUCAGAUGAGAAAAACUAUAAGUGUGAUAUUUGCACAAAAGCUUUCAAACUGAAGAGUUACCUCAGGCAACACAUGGUGACCCAUUCAGCUGAAAAACCCCACGAGUGCUCGGUAUGCGGCAAGCGAUUCACUCGAAAAGCAUUUAUGAAGAAACAUGAAAAACGUCACAUCGAUUCCAAAGACGGGAGCAAGGAUGAUGUAAAGGACGAAGUGGAGGAGGGAGAAAUGAAGAAAAGUGAUGACGAAAAAGAUGAUAAGUCAGAAGAUGGUAAAGAGGAGAGCGAUGUGGAUACCAAGAAGGAGGAGGAAGAUUUGUAGUUGUUUAUUUAGAGAAAGAAUCUGUAAAUUAUUUAAAUAACAUUUAAUAUAACAGGAUGGGUUGUUAUCUUUUUUUUAUAAAAAAAAAUAUAGGAAACGCAGUUAUUUCAUCAAUAUCUGUGGCAAAUGUUACAUCUUGUAAUAACUCUUGUUGCUAGGACACAAGUCAGCAAAUUAGUAUUUAGAAAACAACAAUUAUGGAAUCCAAUAAUCUUGUGUAUGGUAUUAUCCCAGGCAAUGAAUCACUAUAUAUAUAUAUAUCAUGUAUAUACAAUUAUUGCCCCACAAUGUCUUGUGUGAUAAACAUUUUUAAUUGCUGUGAACAUUUCAGCAACAGCAUUUUGUGAGAAAAUUGUGGGGAUCAAUUUAUUAUUAUUUUUCUAGAAUAGACUUUUUGAUUUUUUUAGUGUACAAAAAGUGCUUCAUGUUGAUUGCACUGUUUUAGCCAACACUUCUACACAUUUUUAAUCUACACUUCUUUCUUUUAAAUUCCAGUAUCAUUUGUCUUUCCAGGCUUUUUGCUUUAAUAACUUUGGUUCUUUUUGUUUUGUCAGCAAUGUGGAACUGUAGCAGUGCCUUUCAUUUUGAACUAUACAUCAUCAUUCACUGUACGAUGUUGUCUGUGGUAUCAGUGUGGACCAGGCUUUUAGCCAGCCACCUGUCUGUCAUUUUUGAGAGGUACAACAAUUCAUUUGACAGGCAAAAUGUCUACAAACCUGUCCAGUUUUUAUUGAAAAUUGCCAGUAAAUGACAAAUUACUGUAGAAUACUUUAUUUUCGCUUGGAAUUUAUUUUCGCUAUUUUCGCUGAAGACAUGAUACCGUGAAAAUAAAAUCCAGCGAAUAUACUUUUUUUCCUAUAUUUUACAUUAAACUCAUCAAAAAUCAGUGAAAAUAAAUUCCAAGCAA